ACUCAUUAAACAUCGUGUCCACGAGUUUUUCAUUUUGUUGUUGAAGUUUUUUUAUUUAUUUAUUUAUUUUUAUUUUUUUUAACGUCAGUCACAGGGAUUUAGAAUAUACACAUGUUUCAGGUGGAAUAUUCGCAUCUGUGAAACUUUAGUGGAAGUGCGCGAGCGCGGAGAUUGAUGUGAACUUUUGGCACGUGACGGAACGGUGUACCUCAGUUUUACCACAAUGAAGGACGACUUCACUGAUGAAGAGGAAGUGCAGUCUUUUGGCUACAAAAGGUUUGGUAUUCAGGAAGGAAGUGAAUGCACUAAAUGUAAAAAUGACUGGGCCCUGAGGGUGGCGAUUGCUCUUCUGUAUGUACUUUGUGCACUGCUCACCAUCGCUGUGGCUGUGCUUGGAUACAAAGUGGUCCAAAGAAUGGAUAGUGUAACAGAGGGUAUGGAGAAUUAUGGAGGGAAGAUCAUGGCUGUAGAGACAGACCUCAAGAAACUUGAUGAUCAAACAGCAGAGAAGUCAGAAAACGCCACCAGUGAACUCCUGUCAUUCAAGAUGGAAAUUCAGACGCUGCAGAAGCAGCUCGGUGUUGUUGCUGUGAAGGCUUCUAACAACAGAGCUGUUCUCGAAGAGCUACGGCUAGCCGGCGAGGACAUGCAGAGCGGACAUCACUCACUGCGAGAUCUGUUGGAGAGCAAUGCCAAUGUCAUUAGCAAAGUAAACCGCACCUUAAACUCAUACAGCCACUUGAUUGAUGGACUAAAGACAGACACGGCUCGGCUCCAGACGGACCUUCAGGUGCAGACGAGCGAACAGGGCCGAAACACCAACAGCAUCAGCACUCUGAACUUCACCCAGACCCAGCAGAGGAACCUCAUCAGCUCCCUCCAGAGGUCGGUGGAGGACAGUAGCCAGGCCGUCCAGAAGCUUAAGAAUAACUAUCAGAGCAUUCAGCAGCUGGCUAGGCAGACCAAAGCGGAUGCUGACUGGCUGAGGGAGAAGGUUCAGAACCUUCAGGCCUUAGCUGCUAACAAUUCUGUGCUGACUCGCUCUAACAGUGACGCUCUGGAGGACGUGUCUACUCAGCUGAACUCACUCUCAGAGCAGGUGCAGAACGCCUCAGGCAUCGCCGACAGCCAUGAACAGAGCAUCCGUGAGCUCAUGGACCAGCAGCGAGACCACGACAAUGCAACCUCCUUGAAGUUUGAUGCUCUAGAGGCACAUCUUGACCGCAAUGAUGCGGAAAUGGACCGCAUAACGGGGAAUGUAAGCUUCACCACGCAGCUGCUCGGAGUGAUCAGUGUGGAUCUGAAUGGUCUUCGCACCUGCUCCGAGAUGGUGGCCCAGCAUUCAGACCUGCUUCUGGGGCUUAACAGCAGUGUGGCAGAAACCAGAGCCGACAACUCAGAGCUCAAAACCCAGCAGGAAGAACUCACCGCCAGGCUCGACAAAGAGGUCAGCAGCCUUUCCAUAGUCAUGGAUGAAAUGAAACUGGUCGACAGCAAACACUCACAGCUCAUCACCAAUUUCACGAUUCUUCAGGGUCCUCCUGGUCCAAGGGGUCCUCGGGGAGACAAAGGGUCCCAGGGGCCACCUGGCAAAGCUGGCCAGAAAGGUGAAAAUGGUGAAAAGGGAGCACCUGGUGUUGCUGGCCCUAAAGGAGAAAAGGGUCCAGCAGGGCCUCCUGGUGUACCAGGAAUGAAAGGGCUACCCGGAUCAAGAGGAAGCCCUGGGCAAAAGGGUUCACGAGGAUCUGGGGGCAGGGCGGGGCCUUCAGGAGAGAAAGGUGACCCUGGUAUACCUGGGCUGCCUGGAAGAGAUGGUCAGACAGGUCCUCAAGGGCCACAAGGGCCACAAGGACUCAGAGGGCCAGCUGGGCCUGCAGGACUGGAAGGACCCCGUGGGCCCGUAGGCCCACCUGGACCUCCUGGACCACCUGGAUCACCUGGACUCCCUGCACCAAUAGUUGUGGCCCCGGCAGAUCCACAAGGCUUUGUCAACCGCCAGGUAGCGCCACCCCCUACAAGUACACCAGGGUGCCCACCUCAGUGGAAGAGCUUCAGAGACACAUGUUACUACUUCUCAUCAGAGAUGCUGGACUUUAAUGACACGAUGGAAAGAUGCAGCAACAAGAGUUCAACUAUGCUGAUUAUUAAUGAUGAAGACGAGCAGCUAUGGAUAAAGAGGCAGAUUUCUGGAAAGGGCUUCUUUUGGCUGGGCCUCACUGACAGAGCAGAGGAAAACAUCUGGAGAUGGGUGGACGGGAGCCUGCCCAACUACACGAAAUGGAAGCCUGGACAGCCUGAUAACUGGAGCCAUGGUCACGAGGUUGGGGAGGACUGUGCCGGUGCUGACAGGGAGAAGAACAAGAAGAGGAUCGAGCUUAGAUUUCGUCGCGUGUAUAUCUCGGCCAUGCCUCUCUUCAAUUCAAAUCCCUUUGAUCAAGAUGUUGAGAAAGCGACAAGUGAGUUGAACACAGCUGAGGACUGGGGCCUCAUUUUGGACAUUUGUGACAAGAUUGGACAGUCUCGCACUGGGCCUAAAGAAUGUCUGCGAUCUAUAAUGAGGAGAGUUAAUCACAAGGAUCCGCAUGUUGCCAUGCAAGCAUUGACGCUACUAGGUGCGUGUGUGUCAAACUGUGGAAAAAUAUUCCAUUUAGAGGUUUGCUCCAGGGAAUUUGCUAGUGAAGUUAGCAACGUGCUAAAUAAGGGACACCCAAAAGUGUGUGAGAAGCUGAAGGCUCUGAUGGUGGAAUGGGCUGAGGAUUUCCGUAAUGACCCCCAGCUCAGCCUCAUAUCGGCCAUGAUCAAGAACCUCAGAGAACAGGGCGUCAUCUUCCCUACCGUGGGCUCUCAGGCAGCAGAACAAGCUAAAGCCAGCCCUGCACUGGUAGCUAAAGACCCUGCAACAUCAACCAACAAGAAAGAAGAAGAAGACAUUGCUAAAGCAAUCGAACUGUCUCUGAAGGACCAACGGCAGCCUCAGGUCUCUCUGUCUGGCCUCUACCCGAGCACCAGCAGCCUCCUCACAUCUCACAAGGUUGAAGGCAGGAAGGUCAGGGCCAUCUAUGACUUUGAGGCAGCCGAGGACAACGAGCUCACCUUUAAAUCAGGCGAGAUCAUCACCAUCCUGGAUGACAGUGACCCUAAUUGGUGGAAGGGUGAGACGUAUCAGGGUGUUGGACUCUUUCCGUCAAACUUUGUGACAGCGGACCUGACAGCAGAGCCUGAGAUGAUGAAAACCGAGAAGAAGACAGUGCAGUUCAGUGAAGACGUCCAGGUAGAGACGAUUGAACCGGAGCCAGAGCCUGUCUACAUCGAUGAGGAGAAAAUGGACCAGCUGCUUCAGAUGAUCCAGAGUGCAGAUCCAACAGAUGACCAGUCAGACACCUGUGAACUCCUGCAGUUGGAGGCUGCUUGCAACCAGAUGGGUCCUCUCAUUGAUCAGAAGUUGGAGGACAUUGACAGAAAACACUCGGAGCUGUCCGAACUGAACGUGAAGGUCAUGGAAGCGCUGUCUCUCUAUGCUAAUCUAAUGAAUGAAGACCCAGUAUACGCUAUGUAUGCCAAACUACAGAGCCAGCAAUACUACAUGCAGCAGACCCCAAACGCUUCCCAACAGGUGUAUCCUGGCCAGUCCACUGGAGGGCAGUAUGCAAUGGGCAGCACAGCAGUUCCAGGAUACAAUGUCCCCAUGGAGCAGCUCUCUGCAAUGAACCAAACAGGAACACCAAUGUCCGGGCAGCCGGCUCCCACUGAUGUCCAUAUGUACAUGGGCCAGCCUCCAGUCUACAGCCCGCCCCCCGGCAGCAUGCCUCCAGCUGACGUCCAGUCCUACCAGACCCCAGCCGGCGCUCAAGUGGCCAUGAGCCAGACCUCCGGCUACACCGGGCCCUCCACCCAGAGCCUCCCUGCCCCUGCAGACAACCAACAGACCCCUUACCCUGAGAAAGCCCUCUUAUAGGACCCCUAGAGA